ACGAUGACGUCACACAAGGCAGGCACCGGGCUAAGGCGGCCGCAGCGGGGCAGGUUCGCUUUCCAUUUCGAGCCCCGGGACCGGAAAUAGAGCACCGGAGGCCUCUCUAGCCCUGGGAGGGGAGCAGUGAGAGGGAAGGGGGAGAUGAUAAUGCCUCUUGCGGCCCUGGGUAGGUUCUUAAGGAAGAUGAUGAGCCUGCACAAAGACGAGCUUCCCGCCGCCGGAAAGCGAGUCCUGGUAGUUGGACUGGGGAACCACGGCAUGGGCGACACACGCCACAGCGUGGGCAUGGCUGUUCUCAACCACCUGGCCAAUAAGCUGAGCGUGGGCGACCGGUGGACGAAGGACCGGCCGUGUUGUGGAGACGUGGCCUUUGCCCCUCUGGGGGACCUGCAGCUCAUCCUAAUGAAACCCCGCAGGUUCAUGAAUGUCAACGGCCUCUCUGUGGUUGGUGCUGCGGAAACGUACAAGCUGGGUGUGGAAGACAUUUACCUGGUUCACGACGAUCUGGACAAGCCCCUGGGAAAGGUGGCCCUGAAGCUGGGAGGCAGCGCCAGAGGUCACAACGGCGUCCGGUCCUGUAUCCACUGUCUGCGUUCAGAUCACAUUGUCCGGGUCAGGGUUGGUAUCGGCCGGCCGGCGAAGGGAGAAUCCGUGGAGCGGUAUGUUCUCAGCAGGUUCACCAGCACCGAACGAGAGGUCUUACCCCAGAUCUUUGAACAGUCAACCAAGCUGCUGCUUGAACACAUCCAGGAGAGGCACAGAACCGAACCGAACCCCACUGUCUGCGGGGAGCCAACCAACAUACCUCUCAAAUCAGAUGGUGCAUAAUGAUCUUUGGACUUUGUGGGCAUUCAUGAGUCCGGUGAAAGCAAGCAAACAGUAGUUGUGGGGCUUCUUUCAAGGUGGGGGCAGGGAGUCCCUGUUUGAGUCUUAUUAGUAGGUCGAAGAUGAGUUAUUCUGAAGUGGGUUCGAGCAGGAGACGCCUGGGACCAUAGACACUGGCUGCACCAGGACCCUUGAAAUACCAGACUGGGGAUGGAACUUACAAGAAGAUGGGAGAGUCCACACCUCAAUACUCUCACCUACUACCGGACAUUUUGGUGUUUGGAUCUCAAGAAACCAUCACGUUCAUUUAGACAAUAAACAAGUUCCUAGUU